AUUGCCCCGCUUCAGCCAACUAAAAACAAAAGUUCAUAAGUUACAACACUAUAAAAUUAUAAACAACAAACAUAUUAGGUAUUGUUUUUUUAAAAACAUACCUUUUUAAUUUACAGGUUAUCAAGAUAUUAAAACCACAAAUUUCCAUUGCCUAUGUUUACUUGUUGUUAUGGAAUUACAAAAACUUCUUGGCCCUUAACACACUUUAAUCUAAGAAACAUACCGUUUUUUAUUUUAUCUAAAAUAUUUUAAAACCUUUUUAUAUGGAUAUUUCGUUUUUCCGAAGCUGAAACGGCAACAAUCAUCAAAAAAUGGAUAAGGGUCAACAAAAAAACAACAACAAUUACAGAGAAAAACUGCAAGGUAAGAUCGAUAGGCAUAUUAUAGACAUAAAUUACCUUAAAACACAUUUGAUAGAAAAGAGACUUUUAACAACAUUAACAUUACCAAGAUCAAUAGCUGAAGCUAUACCCACAAGAGAAAGAAAUUCUAUUAAUUUUAAAAUUCUAAGAGCUGCAAUACAAUACAAAUAUAUUCGGAUUAGAAGAUUAAAACGUACUAUGAAAAAACUUGAAGCAAAGAACAAAUCAGACAAAUUAAAAAAUACAAAUGAAAAGACAGAGAACAAUCAAAGAUAUGAAACAAAUAAAUAUAAAAGUCUAGUUAAAAAAUUCCAAUAUCCUACCAUUGAAGAAUUGGCAGAAUGGAAAGAGAGUCUUAUUUUAAAUAAAACAAAAAUAGAUAUUCCAACAAACAUCAGAGAAAUAUUACACAAAGGAUUAGACUUUAAUGGUCCAAAUAGAUGGAAUGUUUUAGAUAUAAUACCAAAUUUGGACAAAAUAAGUAAUAAUCUCUCGGAUAUUUAAUCGAAUAUGAUGAAAAUGAAACUAAGUAAUAAAAUUAAAAAAUACGUAACUAAAGAAGGAGAAAAAUCAAUUGUCAGAGAUAAGAAUUAUUUUCAAUACCAAAAUGAAAUCAGGAAACUACAUAAUUUUUUGAAAGAAAAUGAAAUAGAAAUCAUAAAAGCCGACAAAUCCAAACAAACUGUAUUAGUUACCCAAGAAUGGAUUAAAAACAAGAAACAAGUGAUAAUACAGAAUACAAAAUUCAGGAAACUCCCUGUAAACCCUACUGAGGUUAUAUAUUUAGAACUUAAGAAAAGAAUUACAAAAUUAGAACAACUAGGAGAAAUUGACAAAAAUGAAAAAUGGUUUAUUUUAAUUGAAGGAAAUGAUCGCAUACCAAAACUAAAUAUACAAUUAAAAACUCAUAAGAUAGGUGAAAAAGUCUGGCCAAUAAUAGACUUUAAAUAUUCAACACUAUGUAACUUAGAAAAAUUCCUAAAGCAACAACUAAAACAGUAUCCUAACUCAAGAUUUGCAAUUAAAAACACGGAUGAACUUCUAGAAGAAUUGAAUAAAAUUAGUAUAGAAGAAAACUUUAAAAUAGCAAGUUUCGACAUUAUAGACAUGUACCCGUCAAUAACGUGGGAACUUAUAGAAGAUAAAUUAAAAAAUCUUGAAGUUAAAAAUGAAUUAAUAAGUUUAAUAGAAUUUGCAUAUAGAAGUAAUUAUUUCCAAGUUGACAAUUAUUUUUAUACACAGACAAGCGGAAUAAGCAUGGGAUCAGUAAUUGGACCAAAGUUAGCAGAAUUAAUAAUGAUAGACAUAGAUAACAUAAUCAGCAAUAUAAGAAGCGUAAAAUUUUAUAAAAGAUACGUGGAUGAUAUUCUAAUAAUAUACAACGAAACAGAAAUAAAGAUAGAAGACAUCAAUAAACAAAUUAAUAAUAUACAGGAAGAGAUAAAAUUUAAAACAGAAAUAGAAUACACAACCAGAAAAGAAAUCAACUAUUUAGACAUUACGAUAAGAAGAUUAAAACAAAGUUUAGAAUUUAGAACAUUUAGAAAGCCUGGAUCGAGUCAGAUAACAAUACGAUACCAAUCCAACGUACCACUUCACGUCAAAUAUAACAUAUUUAAAAUGGAAUAUUCUAAGAUAAAAAACAGGACAAGUCAAGAAAUACAUAUAUCCGCAGAUUUAGCCGAAUUAAAAAAGAAGUUUCUCCUGGCAGGCUACCCACAAAGACUAGUGAAAAAAUGGGAACUUAAGAUAAAUAAUCCUAAAACACAACAGGAUAAUAAAAAAACAAAUCGCAUUAAGUAUAUUAGAUUUCCAUAUAUUAAAGGAUUACACAAACAAAUUGAUAACAAAAUAAGCAAUAUGCACUUUAAGUUAGCACCGUCAUACCAAAAAAUGUAUACAAAAUUAAAACAGUUUGAAAAUGAGAAAAAACAACAACCACCAACAGAAACUAAGAACGUUGUGUAUAAAAUUCAUUGUACUUGUAGCGAUAAUAAAUAUUAUAUAGGAGAAACAAAAAGGAAGUUAAAAACUAGAUUAAAAGAACAUACAGCAGAUCUGAAAUACAAUAGACUAAAUUCUGCCUUCCAUGAUCAUUGCACCAUGAAUGAUUGUACAAUAGAUAAAGAUAAUAUACAAAUACUCCACAAAGAAAAAGAAACAUAUAGUAGAAAGUUUAAAGAAAGUGUAGAAAUUCUCAAAAGCAAAAAAUGCAUAAACAAAAAUCUAAGUAUUAAAAUUAAUGAAAACUGGCUAAAUAUCUUAUAAUCUGCAGAAACGAUAAUUUAUGUAGAAGGUAAUUUCUUGAAAUAUUUUAUGUAAACAGGAUUUUUAGAAUGAGGUAUUUUCUUGAAAAGAAAUAAUUUGUAUAAAAA